AUGAGUGUAAUAAAACCAUUCGCGAGUCGCUUAACGCAAGACAUGAACGUGUACCAAAACUACGAGAACUACCAAAACACCAGUUACAGCUUCAUAAAUCUCUCGAAUCUCCGUUACGACGACCAGGCAACGAUAAAACUGGAAAGGGAUUUCAACAUCAGGAUAAGCGAGCAACCCGAGCAAUUCGACGCGGACACCUUCGACAGCUUCUCCUCCGCUGCGGAUUCCUACUACCACUUCGAAGGUACAAACAACAAUAACAAUAGUAGUAACAGCAGCGGCAACAACAAUAAUGGCAGUGGCAUCUUCGAAGCUACGAAUCUUCCUGAUGCGAAGAUGAAGGUGAGGAGCAGGAAGAGGUGCAUCGUGAGGGAGAGGCAACCGUCGCCGACGGUGAUGAAGAAGCGACGGUUGGCGGCAAAUGCAAGGGAACGAAGGAGGAUGAACGGGUUGAACGAGGCCUUCGACAGAUUGCGACAGGUCAUUCCCAAUCUGGAGACGGAGCAGAAGCUCAGUAAGUUCGAGACACUGCAAAUGGCACAGACGUACAUUUCCGCGUUGAUGGACCUUCUGCAGCGAGAUUCUAUGAAUAGAUAA